UGUUUCCGUGCGCUGCUUGUCAUUGAAGUGGAAACUUGUUGCAAGUGCAAGUGCCAGCCGACGUCCCGCCCCGUGAGCAUUUACGCGCCCCCCGCACCUCGCCCUUUUGCCCCUUUCUUUUCAGCCCCAGGACGAUCUCCAGCGGUCUUGGUGUGGCCAGCGCGGCUCGCCAACGACGGUGUUUGUGAUUUUGUGGUGGGAGCGCGAGCGCCGCUGCGGUGGUGCUAGGGCCGUAAGGGCCGAGCUUUCCUGCCCAAGUGUCCACCACACCCAUUAAAAAUAGGCCUGUCGGAUACCGCGGUUAUGGACAUGAUGAUCUCCAACUUGCAACAACAAAGGCAAGUGACGGAGCAGCUGCGACGGGAGGCGGCCAUCAAACGCAUCAGCGUGUCGCAAGCCGUGGCCGACAUCAUGAAGUUCAUCUCUGACCACGAGCAGGAGGACUGCUUGGUGGUGGGCUUCAGCUCGGAGAAGGCCAACCCGUUCCGCGAGAAGAGCAGCUGCAUUCUUCUUUAGCAGGGCCUGAAGUGACUACACCAGCGGGCCCUUGUGUGUGUAUGAAUGGAUGUGUGAAUGUGUGUGUGCUCUCAUGUGUCAAUCGAUCGUGUCUCCCCGCAAUGGAGUGGUUUCUCUCUGUGGACCCCACCUCCUCUCAUCAGGUGGUGGCUAUUUUCAACCUCAGUGUAUUGCCCCUCACUUUGUUCAGUCUAGACACUCUAUACCACUGCACCAUUCUAACAUGUAUUUGAAUAUGUGAUAGAAAAUGUGUGUCCAGUUGCUUCUUUUCAUUAUCUUUGACCAAUUUGUAUCAUUGUCAUUAUGAUUUAGCCCCACUAUCUUAAAAUACUUGUGGUAAACAGUACUGAAUUAAUUUAGUUAUGUUUUGCCAUUGGCUGCAUUGAGACCAAAGCUAGAUUGUCUAUCUUCUUAUAUUAUUAUUAUUAUUAUUGUUAUGAGUAGUGCUGUUAUGGUGUCUCUGGGCCUGCUGGUAAAAAUUGUGUAUGAUUGUGGUUAUAUCUCACAUGUUUCCACUUAGUCUUUCCCUUUUUCUCCUUUGCAAUGAAAGUGACUAUAGAUCAUUUAGUCACUGUUGCCUAAGAAAAUUGACUUAUAAUUUAAUCUGAUAGCAUUUUUGUUCAAGAACACUAUCUGGUGCUACAGUAUAUUAUAUUCCUCUGACCUUUCUCUUCUUAGUUGCUGCCUACACAUUCGUCAUGCUGAAAUGUUAGACAUGACUAAAAUUAAUACUUUUAGAUAUUCUUGACUUUGUUCUGAUUUCUACAUUAGCAAUUUCAAUGUUGUCCUCACAUAAUGACAGUUUAGAUUAGAUUUCCAUCCUAUGUAUCCAAGUAAAUGUUAUUUUCUUGUAAAUUAUAUGCUUUUGUUUUGUCAGUUGCAACGAUUAAAUGAAAGUAAUGCAGUGCAUUCUUCAACUCUCCAAA